AUAAAAAUGUUCUAAACUCUUAACAUUCAUCAAUUAGGAACGUACUGUAGCGGAUCAAUAUGAAGAUACAAAUUAUUGCAGUUCAGCUACUUUUUACAGUAUGGUUUACCGAUGGGGCCACGUUCAGGACGGCGAACUACUACCAUUCCCAUAUGGUACUCCAGAAAUCUCCUGCAAAGGCGAAUAUUUGGGGUUACGGUAAUGCCGGCGCUGAUGUGUCCGUUACCAUCGAUGGGAAGACGGUUUCCCAUGUCACAAUUGGUUCGAACACACAAUGGAACGUCCUACUGCCUCCGAUGGGUGCUGGAGGGCCACAUGUAUUGACCUUCACAUCUGGCGGUGUCAAUGUGACCUUGAAUGACGUCAUGUUCGGGGAUGUCUGGGUCUGCUCCGGACAAAGCAAUAUGUACUUCCAAGUAAAACAGCUCAUCAACCAUACCGAUGUCAUGAAUCGAGCCCAUGCUUACUCGUCCUUGAGGAUUUUUAAGCUGGACCGUGUCCAGUCGGCCACACCCUUGACUGAGCCCACCAUACUUAACCAGUGGCAUCGACCGGGAAACGAUGCUACUACCUCUUCGUUUUCGGCUGUAUGUCUUCUCUACGCUAUGGAGCUCAUCCCAGACUUGGGAAUACCAAUGGGCAUGGUUGAGUCAUCUUGGGGCGGAACGCCAGUUGAAGCAUGGUCGUCACCAGAUGCUAUCAAUGUCUGCAAUGCUCAUCGUGGAAAACGUGGUCCCGGUACUCCGAGUGUACUAUGGAAUGCCAUGAUCCACCCGAUCCUCCCUAUGACCAUCGCUGGAGCCAUCUGGUACCAAGGCGAGAACAAUGCGGGUCACGCGGCACAGUACAGCUGUCAGUUUUCUUCUAUGAUCCAAGACUGGCGGGAAAAGUUUCACCAGCAGUCAGGACAACAAACUAGCCAGUUAUUUCCCUUUGGCUUCGUCCAGCUAGCACCAAACGCCAACAAAACGAUCCAUGCUGGCUUUCCGGACUUACGGUGGGCCCAGACAGCAAGCUACGGCUAUGUCCCUAACCCCACCCUUCGCAAUGUGUUCAUGGCCGUGGCGAUGGAUCUUCCAGAUUUUCACUCGCCUUAUGGAACAAUCCAUCCACGCGACAAAUAUGACGUUGCCGAGAGACUUGCCCUAGCUGCUCGUGUUGUGGCCUACAAUGAAAGCAACAUUGAAUAUCAAGGGCCAUUUCCCUCCAAGUUUACACUCAGUGGACACACUAUGACCAUUGAGUAUGACCAAGGAAACAACCCGAUUGAAGUGAGGUCCGACCGUGGAUUCGAGGUGUGCUGUGGUCACUCGAACAAUUUCACGUGCGGUAUCUACAACUUCCGUCCCGCUCCAAUCACGCAACACGACCAAUCAACCGUUACCAUUGAUACGUCAGUCUGCCAUGGUACAAACCAUUUUGUCACAGGGGUUCGUUAUGCCUGGGAGGUGAGUCCGUGUGAUGUCAAGAUGUGCGCUAUUUAUGGCGAGGAUGACGAUCUACCCGCUCCGGCCUUCAUCAAACACGUCCCCUUCUAAUGUGUUACAUUGGCAUUAACCAUACCUGAUCUGAAUGUUUGAUACUGUCAUGUAUUCGAUUCACAUUAAAUAUUCUCCUUU